AUGGCGGUGAAAGCCGUUCAUAAACGGUAUGAAGGGUUGAUGAUGGUACGGACGAAGGCGAUUAAGGGUAAAGGAGCCUGGUAUUGGGCUCAUCUGGAGCCUGUUUUAGUUCGUAAUCCAGAUACUGGUAUGCCGAAAGCCGUCAAGCUCCGGUGUUCUUUAUGUGAAGCUCUUUUCUCCGCUUCCAAUCCGUCCAGAACGGCGUCGGAGCAUCUCAAAAGAGGAACCUGUCCCAAUUUCAACUCUGAAUCAAGUCCAAAUCCGAUUUCCUCUAUAUCGCCUGCGGGAAUGGUAAAUUUGUCUUCUCCGACUUCAUCGUCUUCGCCACAACCGCUGCAAAACCACCGGAAACGUAACUCAUCCGGCAACCGUCGCGCUACUGGGUUUAAAAUCAACAACAACUCUGCAAACCCUUCUGAAACUACUUACUCUGUUGCUCCAAUUACGAUGAUUGAACCGGCGAGAUUCUCGGUUGAUGUUUCUUACCCGACCCGACCCAAUUCCAUGCCUGCAUUUUCUUCUGCUGCGACGGUUGUGACGGUAAGCAGCGGAGGGAUGUACUCUCCGCACAACCACCACCAUAACCACCACCAACAACAGCCGCAACAUGUGAUGUUAUCAGGUGGUAAAGAAGAUUUAGGUGCUUUAGCGAUGUUCGAAGAUAGUGUAAAGAAGCUUAAAAGUCCGAAAUCGUCGCCGGGCCAAACAUUAACAAAAGCUCAAAUCGAAUCAUCACUCGAAUUAUUAGCAAAUUGGGUGUAUGAGAGUUGUGGGUCAGUUUCUUUUUCAAGUCUGGAGCAUCCGAAAUUCAAAAAUUUCUUGAACCAAAUCGGUUUACCGGCGAUAACCCGCCGCGAACUCGCCGGAGAGAGACUCGAUUCCAAGUACGAAGAGGCCAAAACGGAAUCCGAAGCCCGAAUUCGCGACGCAAUGUUCUUCCAAAUCUCAUCGGACGGAUGGAAAUCAAAGAGUAAUCAUCAUUCAGGUGGGUAUGUUUUCUCAAAAUACGCCGAGGAUAUUUUAUGGGAAACAAUCAGCGACAUUUGUGGGAACAAUUUCCAACAAUGUGUGGGUAUCGUUUCCGAUAAAUUCAGGAGUAAAGCUUUAAGAAAUCUCGAAAACCAACAUCAUUGGAUGAUCAACCUUAGUUGUCAAUUUCAAGGGGUUAAUAAGUUGAUUAAAGAUUUCAGCAAAGAACUACCAUUGUUUCAUAAAGUGACUGAUAACUGUUUAAAAGUCGCAAACUUUGUGAAUACCAACUCUCAAAUCAGACAUUCUUUCCUCAAGUACCAGUUACAAGAAUACGGCCGAGCAGCAUUGUUGCGGGUACCGUUUUGUGGGAGCGGGCGGGUCGACUUCGAACCCGUGUUCAAUAUGGUUGAAGACAUACUAAGUUCAGCAAGAGCGUUACAACUGGUGUUUCUUGAUGAAUCUUACAAGAUGUUGUCAAUGGAGGAUCAAACCGGGAAGGAGAUUGAAGAAAUGAUGAGGUCUCAUUUCUGGAACGAAUUAGAAGCGGUUCUUUCGUUGGUCCGGUUAAUCAAAAGCAUGGCUCAAGAGAUUGAGAAAGAAAAACCAAGAAUUGGUCAAUGUUUGCCACUCUGGGAGGAGCUCCGACUGAAAAUCAAGGACUGGUGUGGUAAGUUUCAUGUCAACGAGAAUCAUGCAGACAAGGUGUUCGAUAAAAGGUUUAAGAGAAACUACCACCCUGCCUGGGCGACUGCUUUUAUCCUUGACCCAUUCUAUUUGAUCCGUGACACAACCGGGAAAUACUUGCCACCUUUCAAAUGCUUAACAUCUGAACAAGAGAAAGAUGUAGACAAACUUAUAACAAGGCUCGUUUCACGUGAAGAAGCUCACAUUGCAUUAAUGGAGCUUAUGAAAUGGAGAACCGAAGGACUUGACCCGGUUUAUGCCCAAGCAGUCCAAUUGAAACAAAGAGACCCGGUAACUGGUAAGAUGAAGAUAGCUAACCCACAAAGUAGCAGGUUAGUUUGGGAAACUUAUCUCACAGAUUUCAAAUCUUUAAGGAAAGUUGCAGUGAGAUUGAUCUUUCUUCAUGCAACUUCAUGUGGAUUCAAAUGGAAUUCAUCUUUAUGUAAAUGGGCUCAAUCAAGAACCGGGAUCGAAAAAGCACAGAAAUUGAUCUUCAUCGCUGCACAUUCAAAGCUCGAGAGACGAGAUUUCUCAAAUGAUGAAGAAAAAGAUGCCGAAUUUUUCUCGAUAGCAAGUCGAGAAGAUGAUGUGUUGAAUGAGGUUUUGUUUGAUGCGUCUUCUUUGUGA